AUGAUACUCGAGCAUGUACUUGUUUUGAGUGCUUUUUUAUUUUCUAUCGGGAUUUAUGGAUUAGUCACGAGUCGAAAUUUAGUUCGCGCUCUUAUGUGCCUUGAACUUAUAUUGAAUGCAGUUAAUCUAAACUUUGUAACAUUUUCUGAUUUUUUUGAUAGUCGCCAAUUAAAGGGAAACAUUUUCUCCAUUUUUGUUAUAGCCAUUGCAGCCGCUGAAGCAGCUAUUGGACCGGCUAUUGUUUCUUCAAUUUAUCGUAACAGAAAAUCCAUUCGUAUCAAUCAAUCGAAUUUAUUGAAUAAAUAG